AUGCUGUCGUCAAUAAUACGGUGCGGUGGACAACAGGCUUCGUCGCGAAUGACUCCAGCCGUCUGCAUGGCUAUUCGCAGAUUUGAUCCUCUCGAAGCGAAAAUGGCACAGAAAAAGGCUGAAGCUCUCCAGCAACAAGACUCUGAAUUAGACCAGCAACGGGUCACUUACGCGACAAAGGACGACUUCAAACAGUCGGUGCAGGACAAUCGCUAUCAAGGAGCUGCCGAUGCGGAGAUUGGACAAGUGCCCACGAAGCUUCAGAAGAGAUUCAUCGUCAUCACCAAGCUGUACCCGUCGGUCGACGCCAUUCCCCCUUACGUCCAGUGAGUUUUCUCCCGAGUUCUUCAAUCUUCACAGUAGAAUGUUGCAGCAAUGGAACGAUGAACAGAAUGCACGACAGAAUGCGAGUCGUCUUUAUCGUCGUCGCUUCGAUCUUUUUCUUCUCGACAUUCUACAUUGCCGAACGUACGAUGGCCGCCAAGAUUGCACGCGAUCGGGAUGCCGGAGUCGUCGUCACCAAAAUGUAAGCGUUCAUUCGAAUCUCGUAUUUUUACGGUUUACAAUCUCUUCUGUUUUUCUCAUGUACAAUUCGGUAGGGUUAUAAAUAUUUCAAUGACACACUUCUUGUUAUUUUAUUUUUUUUCGAAUCCGUUCAAUCGGUUCCUCAUUCAUGCGAACUUUUCCUGUAUUUCUUGUUACUACUUUUUUCUCAAUACUUCUUCAGAAUCUUGAUCAACGCACAAUGGGCAUUUUCCGUACCGUUUUCAUGAACGUUGCCGGCCUGCACGACGAGAAGAAGGGAAGUUACGAGUGGAAGAAAGAGCAUUUGACACCGGAGCAGCUGGCGAGAACGGCGGACAACAAUGAGAAGUACAGUGGAGUGAGUUCCUUAAGGAGCCGUCCUCUCUGAAUUGUCUGAUUUUCAGAUUCCGGCGAUUCCAGUCGACAUUGGAUUCCACGGCGGAAAACAGAUCGGCGGCGCUCAGAAGACGGGAGUGAUUUCGAACGCGGCAAGCAACCCAGGUGUCAUUCUCGGAAUGGGGCUCACGACAGCCGCGUUGCUCGGAAUGUUUAAGUGAGUUUUCUCUUUUUUCAUGACAAUCUUGAGACUAAUAUAUGGCCUAAAGGGAUAUAAAGCGCGCGCGAAUAAUAUAGCAGUUCCCUAUGCGCGUGUUUCUAGUGUAAUUCCCGUGUUAUUCAUGUGGAGACGAGCGGGUCAAGACGAGGAAUGAUCUUUUGAUCUUGUGUGGGCCGCUGAUAGAGCAAUACAACUGCAGAUUGGCGUACGCUCUGGCCGGUGGAACGUUGAAACAAAAGGGGCGGAGACGGGGUGUACUCUUAAGAAGCCCGGUCAAAUAGCGACAAAUGAUCGCAAAUCUUCUAGUAGAUUCUAGGCGACUCCCGUCAGCUGCCGAUUGGUAUAAAAGAAGUGAGGGUGCGAGUAUCAGAGCACAACCAAUCCGAACGUUUCGUUUACCUGGCUGCUCUCCUUAUCGGCCGCGUGCCAUAGCGUAGUCUCCGUUUCUCUCUCUCUCCCUCUUUUUUUUUCGUUCUCUCCGGCCAACAUGAUCCCAUUCAGCCCUUCGCCAUUUGCAGCGACUUAUCUAUAAUCCCGCCCCGCAGAUGCAUAAAUCAGUCUCAAAAUUGCCAUAUCAGAUUAUCCUCUCCCCCCAAAUUCACUUUCUCUCAUCAGAUCCUCGUUCCUCGGUGACAAAGUCGGUGCCCAGAAAAUGAUGCAGUACCGUAUCAUGGCCCAGUUCUUCACUGUCACCGCGCUCGUCGCCGGAGUCACCAUUUUCGGUGCCACGUACGAAGAUGAAGAGCACCAGAAGUAGACGCUUCCCCUCGCAUUCAUUUGUAGCUCAUCUCUUUCUCUCUCUCUUCCUCCGACUAGUUUUUAUUCAAAAACCGUCUAAAUGUUCCGUUUUCCCAUUUUUGAAUUGAAGCCAUCGGGUUAUUCUUUUAUUCUCAUUUCUCCUUCCCUGUAAAUGAUUUUUGACUCUUUUUCUCGCAUAUAAAUCAGUAAAAAUUCGAAUUCAGAUGUUGAAUAACGUCUCUCUUCUGUCCUCAAUUGCACUUAUUGUUGGUGCAUGCAUAGUUUAUCACUAUGCAGGAGGCAGAAGACUGACAAAUGUUCACGUGGACGGAGAAUACGAUCCGGAAUGGAAGCCGGUGGCGGAUGCGUUCAGGUGAGAGAAAUUGAAGUUCAAGAAAGAUUGCUCCGUGUAGACUGAAUCUGGAGCAGAACUGGGAACGAUCGGGAGCCGCCUUUGUCGUUCAUCACAAAGGCGUCAAAGUGGUCGACAUUUGGGGCGGGUUCGCGGACAGAGAAAGCGAGCGGAAAUGGAGCAGGGACACCCUUUCGAUCGCCUUUUCCUGCUCCAAAGCGAUGGGAGCAAUCGUGAUAGCCAAGUUGAUCGACGAGGGUAAACUGCGGUACGACGACCUGGUGACUGAGCAUUGGCCAGAGUUCGGACAGCACGGGAAGGGCAAUGUGACUGUGAGAUGGCUGGUGACACACAAAGCGGGCCUGGCCUACACGGACCAUCCGAUCACACUGGAAAUGGCGAAGAGACCCGAGGUCAUUGACCGGAUACUGGCAGAACAGAAGCCGAAUUGGCCGCCGGGCACAGCGGUCGGAUACCAUGCGGUCACUCACGGAUGGCUUCUGGACGCGAUUGUGAGAAGAGUGGACGGGAAGAGCAGGACCGUCGGCCGGUACUUCAAAGAGGAAAUCGCGGACAAGCACGGUGAGCAACUGGGAACGGACUGACGGAAAUUAGGGAUUCAGGGAUCGAUUUCUUUUUGGGACUGCCGCUGAGUGAACAGCACAGAGUGUCGAGAAUCGAGAAUCCGAACGGAUGGAAUGUGCUCGAAGAGAUAUUUUACUCUCCGAAAGACUUUGAUGUCAUUCGAUUUUUGAAGGACAAGUGGAACAACGGAACUCUCGCCAAAACGACGGCUUCAACUCCUUUCAUUCAGUUUGUCGGGGUCUGUUUCUUUUGCGUUUCUUCCGAAUCCAUAGCUCUUCUUUCAGGCGAUGACUCUAAAUGAUCCGGAUCUUCAUCGUCUUGAACAGUCGGCAGUGCUCGGGAUAGGAACGGCGAGGGCAAUGGCCGAAGUGUUCGAACUACUUCGGAAGGGCAAAAUCGUGUCGGAAAAGGUGAAGAAGGAGAUGUUUGAGAACUACGAAAUGAGCGAGGACUACAUCAGUGGAGCGAAAGUGCCCAGAGGACAGGGACUCAUGCUCAAAUCGUUUGAACAGAAAGGAGUGAGUUUUGCAGGAAAGAGGGCGCUCAAGAGUUGGUUGCAGGAAAAGGUGAACAUGUACGGACACAGUGGAUACGGAGGACAGAACAUUCGCACGGAUUUCGAGCACGAGAUCACCAUUUCAUACUUGAGUAAUGGACUGAAAGUUGGAUUCGGAGACACUGCAAGGACUUACAAGAGGCUACUGGAAACGGUGUAUGACACAUAUCUGAACUUAUGA